GAAGUUGGAGAGAUUUGAAGGAGGCAACUUUUUAAGAUGGCAGAGGAAGAUGAAAUUUCUUCUCACAACUUUGAACGUGGCCUAUGUUCUCACCACUCCCAAGCCUCAAGAAAAAGAGGAUGAGACCAUUGCUGAAAUUAGAGAGAGACAGAAGUGGGAGAAUGAUGACUAUAUCUGCACUGGACAUAUCCUCAACAGCCUUUGUGACACUCUCUUUGAUAUUUAUCAAGAUACAACCUCUGCAAAUGAUCUUUGGGACAAACCUGAGGCAAGGUACAUGCAAAAAGAUGCUACAAGUAAGAAAUUUCUUGUCACUCGUUUCAAUAGUUAUAAAAUGCUUGAUGGAAAGUCUAUCAUGGAGCAAAUGCAUGAAAUUGAACAUAUUUUGAAUAAUUUCAAUCAACAUAAAAUGCAUAUGGAUGAGUCUAUUAUUGUCUCCUCAAUCAUAGACAAACUUUCUCCUUCAUGGAAAGACUUCAAAAAGAGUUUCAAACAUAAAAAGGAAGAUAUCUCUCUUGAACAAUUGGGAAAUUAUCUUCGUUUAGAAGAUGAGUAUAGAAAGCAAAACACUGAAAAGAAAGCCAAUACUCAAGAGAAGGUACAUGUGGUAGAGGAAGGACAAUCCAAUAAGACCUCAAAGAAAAGAGGGAAGGAUAAAGACAAACCCCAAGCAUAGGAUGGUCACAAGAAUAAGAAAAGGAAAGGUAAUUGCUUCUUUUGUGGAAAAGGUGGUCAUUUCAAGAAAAACUGUCGUUUUUUCAAAAAAAAGAAAGAGAAAGAGAACAAGUCAUCUACAAAAGAAGACAAUUUUGUGACAUUAAUUUUUGAAAUCCACCUAGUUGAUAAUAAUGAAUCAUGGUGGGUGGACUCUAGUGCCAC